AUGGAACUUUUUUUAGUCUAAAAAUACCGAAAUAAAGAGGAGGAUCACCUUCAGGUUUUUGUUUUGUUGAAUAGUCAAUUGGAUAACAAGAUUAUAUUUGGAAGAAUGUUUCAUGUUAGACCUGCUUAAAAAAGGGAAAUUAAUACUGAAGAAAAGUCGUCAUACAAAAAGCUUAAGAAAUAAUAGAUGCAUGAGAGACAUAAUGAUAAUACAUCAUGGAAUACUUUAAUCUUAAAUCCUAAUACCAUUAUUGAAGGAAUGGAAUUUGUUAAAGUACUCUUUGGAUAAAAGGAAAUUUUUCUGAAGAAAUGA